AUGAAUAGCCCAGAUCGCACGGAACAAGUCAAAGAAAUCUUCAAAAACUUGACAGCGGUGGAAACAGCGCUUCAAGAAGUAAUUCAGGAACACCGGCAUGGACGCUAUGGAUUUCUAACCCGAGAAUGGGGUUUCACUGCACCUGGAGGUCUCGGCGGUCGACUAGGCGGAAAAUUCAUUCCCUGGGAGGAAAAGUUGGCCCGAUGCAAAAAGUUCUUUUGGCCGUUGGAGGCAUAUGAAGCCAUGGAAAAACACCCAUUUGGCAAAGCUGAUCCCGUAGUGAUCAAAAAUCUGGACUUGAAGCCUGAAGGAGAACAGAUCUAUGGAAACACCCCUUUGCACAACUUUUUGAGAGAACCACCCAAACAAUCUGUGAUCCUGGACGAGUCCGCUGACUUGGAUGACUACAGGUCAGCAGCCCGAAUCUUUUUGUUACUGGGAACACUGUCUCACUUGUAUGGCAACUCGGCACCGGAUCGAUCCUCCCACACAUUACCUCCUUGGAUAGAAGAACCACUUCUAGUUGCGGCAAAGCGACUGCAAAUUGAACCUACCCUUUCAGGACACUUUUUGGUGCAGGAAAAUUGGAUAUGGAAAAGUAUCACCACGGAAGAUGCCUACGCCAAAGUUUCCAAAGCCAGUGCCAAGCGUCUCGAUCGUGUCAUUGUCCGAACGCUGCUUGAACAAUGCGAAUGUGCUGAUAGACGCUAUAGAGUCAAGAUCUAUCCUGACUGUUUCAUUGGAUCUCAAGCCAUUGAUGUUCUCAUUGACAGUGGCGUUGCAGAGACAAGAGAGGAAGCUGUCCGGGUCGGUAGAAGGAUCAAUGACGAGUUCAAGCUUUUCAACCAUGUCACCAAUGAUCAUCCCCUGAUAGAUAAGCAUCUAUUCUAUCGCUUCAAAAAGAAGUGGCAACAAAGAAAGUCAGAGAUGGCAACGAUGGAAGAGGUAGACAUUGCAGAAGACCCCGACGAAAGCAAGAAUAAAGACGACAAUGACAACACAGAGGAAGAUGCCAACCAAACGCCAACCAGUCGCUUGAUGCGCCCUAGCGAUAUCAUAAAGAGCUUCAGGGCCAGCACAACGAGCGUCCGCAGUGAUUCUUUGGUGCAGGGUUCACUGAGAAAUCUCAUGAAGAAAACUCGUAGUAAGGGACGGGCAAGUUCUAGCGGCGAUUCAAAUACUAUAGACCGUGGCAGUAACCGCUCUCUCAGCUCAGUAUCAGACGUUGCAUCAACAACAGAGGAAGACAACCAGCCACUGCAAGGUAACCCGUACGGAGAUACGCCAGAAGGCCUCGUUGUUGGGCUCACCAGCACACACCUCGGCGCUCACGAUGAAACCUGGGAAAUGCAGGAAGCAAUGUCGAUUGUGGCCGUCAUGGCUUUGGUCCCUGUGAAAGAUAGACGGUACAGGUUCCGCACAUACAAGCAGUGCUUUGUUGCUUGUCAAAUGAUUGAUGUUCUGAUAGAACAUGAGUGUGCCAGCACUCGAAAAGAGGCCGUGGAAUUGGCCCGUGGUAUCAAUGAACGCUUUGGCCCAAUCUUUGAACAUGUUGUUGACAAUCACUUCAUCAAGGACGAAUACUUAUUCUUCCGUUUCACCAAGGAGUUCAAACAAAUGAUGCAAAGCAAGAAUGGCGACGAAAUACAAAGCGUCUCUCACUCUGGGUCCACCAAACACUCUUCACCAAAGACGAGGCGUUCCAGCUUUGACUCGGCAAGGAAAUCUACACAAGAAAUCUUGGAUGAAAACCUCAGGUCGGGAUUCAUUGCCGAAACAAGCUCGAUUGGUUCGGUCGAUGAGUCGAUCAUGGCCUUGAGGGGUUUUGAUGAGACAAACGAGUUUCGAAUCGACAACAUCGACAUGCUUUAUCCUGCGUUUGGUCACAACCACGAAAAAAUCAAUCAACUAAUCCCGGCUUGCAUGGGUCAUGCGUUUGCCAGCUUGCCGUUCGAUGUGCUGGAUAUCAUCACCACAAUGAAAAACAUUCUGGAAGCUGAACUGAGCGUGUCCGACAUCUCAAGCGUCGACGGCUACGAAAGUCGACGAUUGUACGACCUUUUGUAUAAGGUGGCCUUCAGUGUGUCGCGGUGUAAGGAAGAGUUUCAGCAAAUGUCGACAGAUCCAACCUCGAGAACCUUCAACUCAAAGCACAUUUCCAUAAAGCACACACAACCAAUUUCAAAUGGAGUGGUAGUCCAAGGGAAGAGAAGGAAAGGAACCACAGGGACGCAAUUCGCAUACUUCCACCUGCUAGACUGGCUUUUGGGCAGGCAUCAGUACAGCGGCGGUGGGGGAUUGGUGGCGCAAAUCGCUGAAGUGGACAACACCUACACCCGACCCGAACGAGAGUUCAUACAAAGCAUUUCGAAGCUAGAGAAACCCGCUACCCUUCGCGGCUUUUUGGAUGUCCUUGGACGUCCGACGCAACUCUUGGCUGCCUACAAUCAUUUGGUCGAAUGUUACGCUGGCGAGGGAGGAGUCUUGCAAGCUCACUGUCGAAAGCUCUACAGCUACAUUCACAACGAUGUUCAAUUCUCAACCAGCGGCACCAAUCACCUAAAAAGCAAAAGCGAGAAGAAUGAUUCUGCUUGUCCCAUGUCCAGCAUGGCGAACAACCACAACUUCGCGACGAUGAUGUUCAAGCAUAUGCGAAAGGCUACUGAUGAUCGUUGGACGUUACGGAUUCCGCCUCUUAUGACGGAAGUAGGCAAAAUUGUGUACAGCACGAGCGUAAGUGGAGGCUUCACGACUGUUGCAUUGGACCUUUCAACCAGCGGACUCCUCUACGAGUAUGGCGACGUUGUCAAAAUCGUCUUGCCAAACAAUGACAGAAAUUGCUUCGCCUGGUGCACGUCAUUGGCUUCGAACAAGAAAGAUUUCUUCACUUUGAGCGACAUGCAGGCUUUCCACAAGGACACUGGCAACGGUUGGGGCUGGACAGAGUUGUGGGAAGCCCUUGGUUGGGACAGUUACGAGGAAGGCGACGGCAAAGGAGUUCCGCUGGAACUGAUUUCGCGAUAUGUGGAACAAGGCCAAAUUCGCCUGGAGUCAAGCACCAGCCGCUGGGUGAACAAUCCACUUGAUCUCUGCGACGAUAGCAAGAAUCUUUUCCCAGUUCCUCCACCCCUGCGUCUUGAUCAGAUCGCGUCGCUCGAGCCAGUGUCGCCACGAGUGUAUUCAGUCUCCGGCGUGGAGAUUGAUCGGGUGUUCCUGCUCGUUUCAAAACCCCAAGACGGGGCUCGCCAUCACGGAUACCAGGCAAUGUGCGAUCCCGAGAUUAAAAACGUGCACUGUUCGUUCAGUCCAGCCACAUUCUUCCUUGUCCCACCCCUCGACGUGAAUCUUAUGUGCAUCGCCUCUGGUACUGGCAUCUCGCCAUUUGUGGGUCUUGCAGAUGCUAUCGGUCCUCGACAGGGGAGUUAUACUAUUGUGCACCAGUGCAAGUCAUCGGACUUGUUCCUGGCAAACUCUCAAACAUGGCUCGACUUCACGUGCGAAAAUCCCGGAGCCGUUGUUAUGGGCUACAUUUCCGGUGACCGCAGCCGUCGUAACUGCCCAAUGCGUUACAUUAUCCGCAAUGGUGCAUUCGAAGAGACAACAGUGUUGAGGCGACACAAGGCAUGCUGCUAUUAUUUCGAAUGCUCGUUCUUCCAAGGUCGGAUCAAGGAAACCUACAAGAAGGGCGGUCUCAAUCUCGCCUAUUGUUGCGGCGGUGUGAAGAGUGCCAUAGAUCCAUUGAAGAACUUCUCCACCAAGGAGGGUCUGAGCUUUCAAUUCACUUCUGAGUGCUACGCUAUCCCGCCAAAUUUGACAACCGAUAGCACGGCAUGUCAGAUAGCGGGAACCAUUGUAGAUAUCGACCAGGUUGGACCCAUACACCCUGGAGGCGGAGCAAUCCUUGAACAACUGAAUGAAGUCUGUAUCGAAACACAAGACGCCAAGACUCCCGAUCUAUCUGUCGCAUUUUGGGAGUUGCACCCUCACGCCUACAAUUUACACCGAUGUUUGCGGACGCCACUGGAUCCCGAUUCAAAGGCGUUCGCCAAAUUCCUGGAAAGGCAAAGUAUGCGCAAUAGCGUGAUGACAAACAUGGCGGCAAAAUAUGCAGAGAUGGCUCUAGCCGCCCCCCACGAUUCCAAGGUGGUGCGCAUUGCCACCGAACUGCAGUCGUCAGCCAUUCGUCAGCAAUUGAAGUCUGGUGAUGCCCAGGGCGCCAAAGUAUCCGCCGAAUACUUGGAAGCUCUCUUGUCGCAUGUGCCCCAAGAAGACCAAGAUGCAAACCGAUGGACUGCUUCCCUGGAAGGCCUUCGCAAAGAGAAACAGUAG